AUGCUCGCUCCCUCACAGCACCAAUUUCUGCCGGAUGAGCAACGCGUUCAACUCAUCUUGCUCUCUCCGAAUUUUAAUACAGAAUUUAAAAUACCUACGUUGGAUCGGGAUGUGAGGAUCAAGCUGAGAGAGAUGGGAGAGCCAAUGACUCUGUUCGGGGAAGGGCCUCCCGAAAGAAGAGAACGAUUGAAACGGCUUGUGGUCAUUCAGAGGCUUAGAGAGGAGGAACAGCAACAACAACAGAAGGAGGAGCAAAGAAAUUUAUAUGAAGAUUAUACUGACCAUGGAUCAGAAUUAAUGGCAGAUUUACAAAGAGAAUUAAUGGCUAAAGGACGACAGGAUUUAAUUUCAACCUUGGCUAAAAAUCAACAAGAAGAGCAAGAGGAAAUGGUGGAUGAGAUGGAAGAAAAAGAAGAUAUUACUCAACAAUAUUUUACAUUUGAAGCUUCAAAUACAAAUCUUGCAAGUGUACGAGAAAGUAUUGCCAUGUAUUCACUACAAUCGGCACAACAACGAUUGGAGACCAUUCGGGAAUUUGUGGAUGUUGUGAAAAAAGAUAAAAUGGGACAGCAUACUUCGAAACCUGGAAUUGCAGCCCAAUUGGUCGAUCGAAAAAACAGACUCAUGGAGAAUGUACAAAAGCGAUUAUCGAUGGUAUCCUCUGUGAUUGGAGAUUCUCGACCAAUUUCACAAAUUAAAAUUCUAGGCCACGAUUUUGGGAAAUGCAUUACUGGAUCUUGGUCUGGUACAAUGAAAAUGUGGCAAGUAGCGAAUCCGUGUUUUAAGGAAGAGGAGCCAAUGACUGAUGAGACCGAUGAAAAAGAAUCAGAAAUGCCCUUGCAAGAUGAGGAUGAAUCGUACAGCUGUUCUCUCAUUAGAACCUAUGCAAAUGCUCAUGACGAGAGAAUUACGUGUCUGCAGGUGAGAAACGAAUUUGUUCUAAGCACAUCUGCUGAUCGAAUUAUUAAGCUAUGGAAUAUGGAAGAUGAAUCAGAAAAACCAACCCAACUGUUCAACGUUGUAGAAUCAGAUUCUUCAUCAAAUGAUAUGUCUGAUCAUAAUGCCACUGCAUCUGAAGAGCCUGCUCUAAAAAGAGAAAUACUCAAAGCUGGAGAUAUUCACACUGCCGUCAUUAAUAGACUCUCCAUCCACCCAAAUGGACAACAAUUUAUUAGCACAAGUUCUGAUCAUACUUGGUGCAUGUGGGACUUGUCAACUUAUCAACCACUCUAUAUUCAAGAAGGUCAUUACUGUCCAGUUUAUGCAGUAGAUCAUCAUCCGGAUGGAGGAAUUUUGUGUACGACAGACUUUAAUGGAGUUGUAAAGUUGUGGGAUUUGAGAACAGGUUUAUUGGUUUGCAAUUUACUUCAUCAUGUUAAGGAUGUACUUAAUUGUUCAUUUAACCCAUACAAUGGAGUGAAUUUAGUGACUGGUGGUUUAGAUGGACUGAUUGAUGUAUGGGAUUUGAGAUAUGCCAAGCACAGUUUAAAUUCAGGAGCGAAACAAACAGAUCCAAACUCGGAUCACUUUAGACAAGAGCCAUAUUAUUCCAUACCUGCCAGUUACAAGUUAAUGAACACAAUAAUGUAUGAACCUUCUUGUGGAAGGUUUAUAAUAUCGAGUGGAUUUGAUGGAAUGAUUCGAUUUUGGGACACUGUUUCAUUUAAGCCUGCCACUCAGUUUUCGAUUGGAGAACGAAUUUUAUGUAUGGAUGUGACACAAUAUCCGAAUAGUUGUUUUGUGCCAAAACAUGAGGAUACACAUGAGUUUGGAAAUUGGAGCGAACAUUUGAUGAUUGUUUGUGGAGGUCUUGACAAAAAGUGGAGAAAAUUGACAAGCUUUUGCAAACGUUGA